ACGCUGCCAAGGAGGCGGGCCAGCCCGCCCAGCCGCCAACAAACGCCCCCCGCGCCCUGCGGAGGGAGCCCCAGAGAGCGCAGACACCCCUGGCCGCCGGGCAGCGCCUCCGUGGCCGGGAGCUGCGCUCGCGCCUUCCCCGUCCCUUGCCCCGCAUGGCUCCGUGGCGCGGCGCCGAGCUGCCUCCAGCGGCGGCCCCGGCGGGCCAGCAGUACUUCCGCUCGGACAGCAGCGACUCGGCCGCCUACAUGCUGGGCAACCCGAGCGGUUCCGAGGGCGAGCCGCCCGUCCGGCCCGAGAAGCGCCGCCGCCGCAAGCGCUGCAGCCCGGUCUGGCUGGUCGUGGCCGCCAUGGGCAUCGUGGCGCUGCAGAUCGCCUCGGCCACCGGCCUCUUCGUCUACUUCACCAUGUCCAUCGCCAAGCUCAAAGCCCAAACACAGGGCACCUCGGAGGAGCUGAGGUGCCUCCAGCUGCUCAACAGACUGCAGGAGCUCUCGGAGCUGGAGGAGCUGAUGAGCAGCCAGCCGUGCUUCAGGCUGGCACUCGGCAUCCAGGACUACGUUGCCAUGAUUACUGAAAAUGUCAUCCGAAGGAGCACCCCAAGGGUCAGUGCCUCUCAGAAUCAGAGGAACUCCAGCUGGCAGCUGGGCAGCCGGCCCUUGGCACAUCUCACGCUCAGGAGGCCGAGCCCUUCCCAGCCAGGAGGCCUGGGACCAGUGUUCCAGGACCUGCAGCAGUCCUGCCAGCAUCCCAUCCGCCACUGGGCCAGCAGGACCAUGCAUGCCCACCUCCAGAACCUCACCUACCAGGACGGGCAGCUGCAGGUGAGCCAGGCAGGCAAGUACUACGUGUAUGCCCAGAUCUACUUCCGCUACCCUACUGAGGGGGGCGAUGCCCGCUCCCUGGGCCACCAGCUGGUGCAGUGCAUCAAUCUCCAGAGUGUGUACGGGCAGACCAUCCUCCUGCUGAAGGGCGUGGGUACCAAGUGCUGGCAACAGGAUGCAGCCUAUGGGCUCCAUGCCCUUUACCAGGGAGGCCUCUUUGACCUCAAAGCCGGUGACAAGCUCUUUGUUUCCGUCUCGUCGCUGGACGUCAACUAUGACGAUGAGGCAGGGAGCUAUUUUGGAGCCUUCCGCCUUGACGUGUGACGUUGGGGGAACCGCACCCAAGGGAGCCCUGGCGUUGGGCCUCAUUACCCCCCCCCACGCAGAAGCACUGGAGGACACCCACGCUCCAUAUCACUGUUCCUUCUCCUGUUAGUGAUAGUGACUAAGCUGCCCUGGAGGCAAAGGCGGCGGGGCGGCGGAAUCUGCAGCCCUCCUGCUGCAAGAGACCCUCUUGCGUUCUGCAGACCCUGGGAAGCUGCUGGAGCCCCUUCAAAGACUCUUGUUUGCUGUGGGUCUCCACUGCACACCCUGCGCCAUGGGGAGAUGCUCCAUUGUAGCCAUGUCUCUGAAGCAGCCAGAAAGGUGACAGAGCUGAGCAAGCCGGCUGGCUGGCAACUACCAAGCUUCUGACUCUCCUGGAUAUGCCCCUGUGCCUUCUGCUGCAGAGUCCUCCUCUCCUCCUCUCCAUGCGACCUCCUGCCCUCUCCACUGCCUCCCACCACUCCAGCUGAAAAAUGGGGUUUCCUCCUGCCAGGGAGGACCACUUCUGGGCUCCCUCCUCCUGUGCCUCAAAACAAGCUGAGCUGCUCACACAGCAAGCGGCAAUUCACAAUUCUUAUUUCCAGGGCAAGAAUGUAGGUCAGUGUGUCUUCUGGGCAAACGAGCCCCGCUAGGGAGCCAUGGGUGCACCUUCCCACUGCCUCUCCCCGCACACACUUUGGGUGUGACCCUGAAUGGCAUUAGCACUGAGGAUACCCUAGCCAAAGCUGCCUGACCUGGAGCAACCAGAGCCUGUGCCAGCUGGGUGACCUGGGUGGCAGCCCAAGAAUCUCCCUAGCCCUUCCUGGAGGGAAGUUGAUCUUCGAGUCUGUGUCCUGGACCUUGGUGGGAAAUGGCUUUUUUCCUUGGCUGGUUUUCUUGAGGGAUUGCCCAGGUUGUGUUAUAUCAGGAGCUGCAUCCAGAAUAGCCAGGUUCCAUCCAGCUUUUACUUGUGGCUCAGCAUUUUGCAUCCCCUCCCCAUUGUCAGUGCACGGUUCAGUGUGCUGCAUGCACCUAGGCUGUGGCUUAAUUCGGUAGCCAGACUGUGGGGCGGAGGCAAAACAGCAGGCUGCCAUUACGAACACUGAAAGGGUGGGCAAGUGCAAUCCCCAGAGGCACAGUACAGGAGACACGUUUCUAACCCACGUUUGGACUGGGGCACCAGCCCUUGACUCGACCUCCUUGGCCACAGGGCCUCUUCUGGCUUCUCUGAAAGACAACGCCCACCCUAGGCUCUCAGCCACGAGUCACGGUAGCGUGGUGCGUGACCCUGGCCCAGCUGUCUGAAUCCCAGUCCAGGUGGUCUUUCCCCUUUGGCCUCUUCCCCCCUUGCCCCUGUGCCCAAAGAGGGGGAUGCCUCAAGGCAACAGGCUUUCAGGAGGCUGUUCCCUCAGGCAGCCCCAGGCCAGGCAAAGCCAGCAGUGCUGCUCCUGCAGCUGCCACCUUGUUCCUGGGCAGCUGCAAGAAGAGGCAGCAAACAGGAGACUGCCCGGAGAUUCAGCUUGUUGGUUUGGGGUUAUCUGGCACCACUUGGGAAGAGGCAGGAAAAUGAGCCCCUGGAUGCGAUGCUCUGCUGCACAUGCUCUAGACAGCCUGGAAGGGCUGCUGCAGCCCAAACCUGACCUUCCAGCCAUCACCCUUCCAUACCAAUUUAGAGGGGUUCCUCCCCCCCGCCCCCCUCUGGGUUAGGCAAGAAGCAGCCACUGCCGGCUCAGUUAGAUCGAUUCUUUUACUCUGGCGUGGAACCUCCUUCCCAGCGCAGCUCCCCAACAAGGCUACAAUCAGGCUCUCCUUCCCGAGGAAAUUACUUUCCACAGAUUAUAUAGUGCAAUUAGUUAUCUUGUAGAAAAAAAAUAAAACAUGAUUAUCGCUUGCUCCACACGGAGAACCUGAAGACAGCUCUGGAUCCUCGGUAAAAAGAGGCAAAGGUCAGGUCCCUCGGGCCAACGUCCGUGGAGCAGAGGAAAGCCUCUGGCCCCUCCCGGGCUUCAGUUGAACAAGAUCGAGUCUGGAUCCUGGUUUGCCAUUUGUGCCAUGUGCUUCAAUACGUCCUUCUUGGUAAUAAUCCCUAGCAACUUCCUGAAAAAAAGGGAGAAGCGACUGACCUCAGUGGAGAACCGGGGCUCCCUUCUGCCCCGUGAUCAGUUCAGCCACAAUGGGGCUUCCAACACGCCCGGAGAGGAGCCCCGUGUGGCCCCAGCGGAUGGAGGGAGAGGCAACGGGGCCACCUUUCCACCCAGCCCAGAGAAUUGCCUGCCUGGAGGCUCCCGGUCACUGGAGCUCCUUCCGGGCUGCUGGCGUCAGCAAGGGGGCCUUGACUGAGCCUGGGUGACAACUCGAGGCCUGGCAGAGGAGGAGCCCCCCGAGUCUUUCACAUGGAGCAUUUUUUAAAGAGCUGCCGUUCUGGGCUCCCCUGAAUUCCUUGUCAGCUUUUUCAGCAGUGGGGAAUUUUGCUAUCAGCCAUAUAUAAUUUGUAUACACAAUAUAUUUUUUCAUUACUGCUA